GUCCGGCGUCCCCUCCCCGCUGUAGAGCCCGGUGAGGGGCGCCGGGGGUGAGGGCAGGACCGGGGGGCGCAGCCCCGGUGGCCGGCGGAGGAUGAGGAGGCUCCCGAGCGCCGGGAGAGGAAGCAUUCGACCAGGAGAGCACCGAGGAGAUGUCGGCUGUGAAGCCCGACAAGGGCGAAGGCGACGCCAGCAGCACGAGCAGCGCCGGCGGUGGGGAGGCCCAGGAGUCACAGCCUUCCCCGCUGGCCCUGCUGGCAGCCACCUGCAGCCGCAUCGAGUCUCCCAAUGAGAACUCCAACAGCUCCCAGGGCCAGCAGGGCGGGAGCGGCGAGCUGGACCUGAACGCGGCCGCCGCCCAGCUCACCCAGUCGGCCAACGGCUGGCAGAUCAUCUCGGCGGGCUCCAGCACCCCCACGGGCUCCAAGGAGCCGGGCGGCAACGGCGGCAACGGCGGCGACGCCUCCAAGAGCCGCCCGGUCAGCGCCGGGCCCUACGUGGUCACCUCGGCGUCCGGCCUGCAGAACCAGCAGGUGCUCACGGGCCUGCCGGGCGUCAUCCCCAACAUCCAGUACCAGGUGAUCCCCCAGUUCCAGACCAUCGACGGGCAGCAGCUGCAGUUUGCCACCACCCCGGCGCAGGUGAACGUGCAGCAGGAUGCCUCGGGGCAGCUGCAGAUCAUCCCCGGCUCCAACCAGCAGAUCAUCACGAGCCGCGCGGGCGGCAGCAACCUCAUCGCCAUGCCCAACCUGCUGCAGCAGGCCGUGCCCAUCCAGGGCGUGGGGCUGGCCAACAACAGCCUCUCCGGGCAGACCCAGUACGUGGCCAACGUGCCCGUGGCCCUCAACGGUAACAUCACCCUGCUGCCCGUCAACAGCGUGGCCGCCAGCCUGGCGCCCACGUCCCAGACGGGCACCCUGAGCAGCUCGGGCUCGCCGGACAGCGGCUCCCAGCCGGCCACCUCGGGGGCUGCCAGCAGCUCGGGCAGCACGGCCACGUCCCAGGCCAGCUCGGGCGCCUUCUUCACCAACGCCAACAGCUACUCCACCACCACCACCACCAGUAACGUGGGCGUCAUGAAUUUCUCCACCAGCGCCACGGUGGGCACCAACGUGCAGGCGCAGACCCCGCAGAGGGCCGGCAGCGUCCCCAGCUCGGACUCUCUGCAGAGCCCCGUGUCCGGGGUGACCCUGCAGCCGGGGCAGCAGAAGGAGGGGGAUCAGAGUCAGCAAUCGCAGCAGCAGCAGCAGCAGCAGCAGAUCCUGAUCCAGCCACAGCUGGUCCAAGGAGGGCAGACGAUCCAAGCCCUCCAAACCACCCCGCUGUCCGGCCAGACCUUUGCCACUCAAGCCAUCUCCCAAGACACCUUGCAGAACCUGCAGCUCCAAGCCGUGCCCAACUCCGGCCCCAUCAUCAUCCGCACGCCCACGGUGGGUCCCAACGGGCAGGUGAGCUGGCAGACCAUCCAGCUGCAGAACCUGCAGGUGCAGAACCCCCAGGCGCAGACAAUCACGCUGGCCCCCAUGCAGGGCGUGUCGCUGGGCCAGACGGGCAGCACCAGCACCACGCUGACCCCCAUCGCCUCGCUGCCCAGCGGCACCGUCACCGUCAACGCCGCCCAGCUCUCCUCCGUGCCGGGCCUCCAGACUAUUAACCUCAGUGCCUUGGGAGCGUCCGGGAUCCAGGUGCACCAGCUGCAGGGGCUGCCCCUGGCCAUCGCCAACGCCCCCGGUGAGCACGGGGCCCAGCUGGGGCUGCACGGCGGCAGCGGGGACGGGCUGGGGGACGAGAGCACGGCCGUGGAGGAGGGGGAGACCAGCCCGGACCCCCAGCCCCAGCAGGGCCGGAAAACGCGGAGGGAAGCCUGCACCUGUCCCUACUGCAAGGAAGGAGAGGGCAGGAGCUCUGGGGAUCCAGGGAAAAAAAAGCAGCACAUCUGCCACGUGCCGGGCUGCGGGAAGGUGUACGGCAAGACCUCGCACCUGCGGGCGCACCUGCGGUGGCACACGGGCGAGAGGCCCUUCAUCUGCACCUGGGUGCUGUGCGGGAAGCGCUUCACGCGCUCCGACGAGCUGCAGCGGCACAAGCGCACGCACACAGGAGAGAAGAAAUUCGCCUGCCCGGAGUGCCCCAAACGCUUCAUGCGCAGCGACCACCUCUCCAAGCACAUCAAGACCCACCAGAACAAGAAGGGAGGAGGAGCGGGCGCCGGCGGCGGCGUGGCCAUGAACGUCUCGGCCGUGCCCAUGGACGCGGCGGCCUCGGCGGCCGAGGGCAACGGCGGCGCCACGCCCUCGGCGCUGAUCGCCACCAACAUGGUGGCCAUGGAGGCCAUCUGCCCCGAGGGCAUCGCCCGCCUGGCGGGCAGCGGCAUCAACGUCAUGCAGGUGGCCGACCUGCAGUCCAUCAACAUCAGCGGCAACGGCUUCUGAGCGCGGCGACAGCGGCGCCGGGCUCGGCUCCUCCGGCGGCACCGCCUCCUCCUCUCCAAGAAGGCCAGAGCUAUAUAUAUAUAUAUUUUUUAAUUUUUUGGCUUGAUUUUUUUUUUUUUUUUUUUUUUUCCCCCGCCCCGGUCUUUUUUUUUUUUUUUCUCCUCGUCCUCCCCCUUUUUUAUUUU